CUGUGGAUGGAUGAAGGGAAGAAGCUGUAUUUGGUGGCGCUCCUCCUUCAAUCGGAGCGGUUUGGUUACCGGAGACCAACGCAGCAUCAGCGGGGACUUAAAAUGAGCCGACGAGUGAUUAUUGAUCAGCUGCACGAGGCUUGAAUCCACCCAGAACCUCCAUGGAGCAGGAUGUGGAGAGCCCGGCUGUCAUCAGGAAGCCCAAGCUGCCCAAGCAGGCCCGAGAGUACCUGCCCAAGCAGCUGGCAGAAAUAGACAGAGCCAAGAAGAUCCAGCGGUACGUCCAGAAAGACGGGAAGUGCAACGUCCACCACGGGAAUGUUCGAGAGACGUAUCGUUACUUGACGGACAUUUUCACCACCCUGGUAGAUCUCAAAUGGAGGUUUAACCUCUUCAUCUUCGUGCUGGUGUACACGGUGACGUGGCUGUUCUUCGGCUUAAUGUGGUGGCUCAUCGCUUACCUCCGAGGCGACCUGGAGCAUCUAGCAGACAACCAGUGGACUCCAUGUGUCAAUAACCUCAACGGGUUUGUAUCAGCUUUUCUGUUCUCCAUUGAGACAGAGACCACUAUUGGUUAUGGAUAUAGAGUCAUCACGGACAAAUGCCCCGAGGGGAUAGUUCUGCUUUUAGUUCAGUCGGUGCUGGGAUCCAUCGUAAAUGCCUUCAUGGUGGGUUGCAUGUUUGUGAAGAUCUCGCAGCCCAAGAAACGAGCUGAGACACUAGUGUUUUCCACCAGCGCCGUCAUCUCCAUGAGAGACGGGCGGCUGUGCCUGAUGUUCAGAGUCGGAGACCUCCGAAACUCGCACAUCGUCGAGGCUUCGAUCAGAGCCAAGCUGAUCAAGUCCAAGCAGACCAAGGAGGGGGAGUUCAUCCCCCUGAACCAGACGGACAUAAACGUGGGUUACAGCACGGGAGAUGACAGGCUCUUCCUCGUGUCGCCGCUCAUCAUCUGCCACGAGAUCAACCAGCACAGCCCCUUCUGGGAGAUUUCACAGGCCCAUCUGUCCAAAGAAGAACUGGAAAUAGUUGUGAUCCUGGAGGGGAUGGUAGAGGCCACAGGGAUGACCUGCCAGGCCAGGAGCUCCUACGUCAGCAGUGAAAUCAAAUGGGGCUACCGCUUCAUGCCCGUCCUGACGCUGGAGGACGGCUUCUACGAGGUGGACUACAACAGUUUCCAUGAAAUCUACGAGACGAACACACCCACCUGCAGUGCCAAAGAGCUCGCUGACAUGGCCAGCCGUGCCCGUUUACCCCUCACCUGGUCGCUGGCCAGCAAGCUGAGCCAGCAGGGCCUGCCGGAGUCCGAGCAGGAGGGGCAGGAGACAAAAACCAACCCGGACAAUGAGGACAAGAGCCAGACGGCUGAGAGGAACGGGGAAAUUGCCAACUUAGAGAGCGAGUCCAAAGUGUAGCGAGUGCUGUCUGGUAAACAGCGAACUCGCUGGUUUUAUGUACUGUAGACCACCUGCUGGGACCAAGGAGCACAGUAGACCAAGUAAUCCUUCACCUAGAACUGCUAAGUAAACAUAUAGACAUGCGACCCACCCCUGGACUGGAAACCCCCUGCAGAAAGUGCAUGUUUCAGACA